AUGACCCAGGUGCUCGCCGUGGCAGCUCGACAGAUGGAUGCCGUGGCAGCUCCUCUGCCCCGUCACGUGGACCUCGGCAAGCAGUUGAAGGCCAGCCCAGCCUUCACCCCGGCCGCAGACCGAAGGCUCUCACCCUCUCCGCCCACCAACACCUCGUUCAGAAAGAGAGCUUCCACCCUCAGCGCCGUUGAUGCAGGCCACGGCAUGUUCGACUCGCCACCAGCAACCGCGCCUGGCUCCCAUCUGCAGGAUGGCUCCCGCGAUAUAAUUUGUCUGUGCACGCCGGCCCCCAAGAUCCCCAGGCCGCGGAACGCCUUCAUCCUCUAUCGCCAGCAUCACCAGGCCCAGGUCACGGCCGACAACCCAAAGUUGUCCAACCCUGACAUCUCCAAGAUCAUUGGCGAGAAGUGGAAGAACGAGGGCGACGAGGUCAAGAAGAACUGGAAGAAGCUCGCAGAGGAAGAGAAGCAACGCCACCAGAACCAGUACCCAAAUUAUCGCUACCAGCCGCGACGGGGCAACAAGUCCCAGAGCGGCUGGGCAAACACGUCCCCGACCGAAGACCAAGGCCGCUGCCAAAAAUGCAACGGGAGAGCCAUGAACACGCCGCAGACGCCAUCUACUCCCUACUCGACGUCGCCAGCUGGCAAGAUGGGCACGCCAUCCCAAGGGCCCCCGAGCUUGCAGAGGCUGGACACGGCCCUCUCCCGCCGAUCGAGCUUUGAGCACUCGCCCACCAGCACUUUGCCCUUUCCCUCCAAGCUGCCUCCAGUCAGAGACGUCGAAAGCAGCGAGCCAAUGUCGCCCGAGAUGAAGAGGCGCCGAGCCGACGGCGCCGGCGGCUACCACGCCAUCAACGGCCCUCUCGGAGGCUACGGCGGCAAGCCGCUUGGCGACUUUCCCCUCACCCCGACCGAGGGACUCGCGCCCAGCCAGAUGCCCCCAUUUGCACGAACGACUCUGCCCGAGCUGGGCGGUCUGCCCAGAUCACAGAGUGGCCCGAUGCCUCCCCCGCUGCGACCGACGGCUUCGGCCCCCUGGCUCGACACGGACCCCCACGGCCGCCGACACAGCGGCUUUGACGAGUCCCUGCGCCUACCGCCUCUUCAGACAUCGCUCUCACCGUCGUCAUCUCGCAACUCGGGCAUGGACACCCGGCCCGUUAGUCUGCCCACGGCAGCGCUGGUCAUGACUCCCACUCGAGACAACGCCAUUGGCCGGGCCGGGACGUUGAGAGACAUGGUCAUGUCCAUCUCUUUCAAGCGCAAAAUCGCCGUCCUCGCAAGCAUCUGCCAACCAGCCCCGCCUCUGUCCAAGGAGAGCAACUUUGACGGGAUUCGCGGAGCCUUCAUCGCCGUCGAGGGGCCAGACAUGAUGCUGCGCCAGUCAGCCGGCAUUGCCAUCGAGAAAGGGCUCGUUGCGUGCGGCGAGAUCCUGCUCAAGGUGUGGCGGGACGACAGCGAUGGCCAGGAGGUGACGGGCUGGGACGAGGGGAACGCGCUGCCUCCUGGUCGAGGCGGUGGCAGCAAGUUUGGCGACUACUUCGAGCCCUAUCUCAAGACGAUUUCGGCAUGGCAAAAGAAGUCGAAACAAAUCGGCCGCCACAUCACGGGAACGAGGGCGCUCCUGUCGAGCGCGGAAGAGCAGAGGGCCGACGGCGAGCGAGUCGUGGCUCAGGCUCAGUCCACGGAAGCCUGCACUCCGCCAGAUGACGAGCAGGAACACGCUUCACCGGCCAAGAUGCCGGUGGCAUUGGCCAACGAGGGCUUCAGCCUGACAAUCUCGGACAGGCACGCAUGCGCGCUGCCCAUCCCGGACACGUACUCGGUUAUCGAUCACUGGCAGUGGAUGGCGACGCUGUGGCGCGGGACAGUAUGCCCGGACCUGAUUGUCUAUGUGAUGCCGAGCGACGCGGAAGAGAAUAACGAGCGUAGGACGGUUGAGCUCUCGCGGCGCAUGGGGCUGAUUGUCGUCAAGGUGCCGGCGGGCAAGGGCCUCGACGAGGCCACGGAGCGGCGCCUGGCGUUCGAGGUGAUGGAAUGGAUGAGGGAGGCAUCUUUUCGGGAGCCUCUGCCUCGAGACUGGAGGUCCGAGCUUGUCUAG